AUUUAUUUGUCUAUGACUAGUCCCCGACUAGGCGUCCGCCUAGCCGCCUAGGCGCUAGGCGCUGGGCUGACGCCUUUUAGAACAUUGGACUCACUCAGUGUCUCAAAAAAUCAGGUUCACUCACUCACCUAAAUUACUUAUCAAAGUGCAUUGAAAUUACUCUCUAUUGUCUAAAGGGGAAAAGGACGUAUAUACCCCUGCACUAUAGGGCUGGGAACAUAUAUACCCUUGUUAAAAAUUUUGGAACAAAAAACUGAUAAAACUAAAAAUAGGGUACACAUCUACCCCUGCUCACGUUUUAAGACAUUCCCGUCAGGCCCAAACUAACCUAACGUUAAUUUCUAUCCUUUAGUUCUUCCCGCCUUCUCCAUGUUCUUAGCGCAACCGCAAACCCUUGGUAGAGAAGAGGAAGAUGAAACAUGAGUAUCCUAAAUCACUGUACUGAGAAACAACAGAGGAUAGACUGAAAUACUAUUUUUAGUAUGGAUUGUGAACUCCUUGUUGGUGAAGGAGGAGACCUUAUUCCCUUAGAAUGGGAAGAAAUUGAUAACCUUCUAGACUUGGGCACUAGAGAAUCAGAAAAUAUAUAUAUACUAGGCCAAGAGGCUAAAGGUCAAAUUCUAGCAGCAGUAGGAAGAGAUGGUAAUGAUCAAAUGUACCCUAUUGCUUGGGCAGUGGUUGGGAAAGAAAACAAGGACAACUGGAAAUGGUUUAUAUUCUGGCAUGCUCAAGAACUUCAUUUAGGUGAUGGGUCCAAGAUCACCCUCAUAUCUGACAUGCAAAAGGGUCUAAUUGAUGCAGUCAAAAUUGUGCUACCUAUUGCUGAGCAUAGAUUCUGUGCAAGACACAUUUUGGCCAAUUGGGGUAAGAGGUGGCAUGGGGAAGAACUGAAAAAAAGAUUUUGGAUUUGUGCUUGGUCAGAAUUUGAAGAGGAAUUUAAAUAUAAUUUAUCCAAACUUGGUGAGGUUUGCAAGAGUGCUGCUGAGGACUUGAUGAGGUAUAAUCCUCAAUAUUGGUGCAGGGCAUAUUUCAGUGCUAGGUGCAAGUCCUUUAUUGUUGAUAACAACACAACUGAAAGCUUCAAUUCCUGGAUUAUAGAUGCUAGGCACAAACCUAUAGUUUCUAUGUUAGAAGAUAUUAAAGUGUUAUGUAUGACAAGAAUUAAGGACAAUAAAGAUGCUAUAAAAAAUUGGUUCAAUGAUUGGUCCCCAAGAGGUGGAUAAAGCGCAAUGCAAAUGUUGGCCGUUAACAAAGAGGUGGGAAGUGGUUGCAGGAUUAUAUUUAAUGGAGAAGAAGGGUAUGAGAUAGGAGAGGGGGAUGAUAAGCACAUUCUCAAACUUGAUAGGCAGCAGUGCUCUUGCAGAUCUUGGGAAUUAACCGGCAUCCCUUGUCCGCAUGCCUGUUGUGCCAUGUUUCAUAGCAAGCUGGACCCCUUGAAUGUAUUAGAGAAGUUGUAUCACAAACAUACCUAUCUUAAAUCCUAUGAAUUCCCACUAUAACCAGUUCAAAGGAAAAAGUUCAUGCGAUGUGAAGAAUUCUUUCCAAUUCUCCCUCCACCAUUUACUAAAUUGCCUGGAAGACCUCAGAAGAAAAGAAUGAGGGGGAAAAGUGAGCCACUAGGAACUUCUUCAACAAAAAUGACCACAAAAGGAAAAAAGCUAACUUGUAGUUUGUUUUGUGGUGCUGGUCAUAACAAUAGGACUUGUCCAAAUAAAAAUCAAGUAUACCUCAUGUAUAUAUGUAUAUAUAUAUGUAUACAAGGGGCAUAUUAUAUAUCAACUAUUAAAUAAAGUGUUUCUAUUUUACAGGAUCAAACCCGUCCAGGUUCAUCUACAGCAGAUGCUGCUGCUCCUACACCUAUUUCAGUUCCUACUCGAUCAGUUAGACCUUCCAAUUCUUCAACUCAAACCACUGGAUUUGGAGUAUUUAUAGAUCUCAACACUGGAAUGCAAACACUCAAUCCAGGUAUGUCAAGCAAAAUUGUCAUAUCACGAGGUACACCCCUAUUGCAGACAAUAGUAUGUGAUGAUCCUAAUGUGGUGACAAGGUUUCCACUCCCUAAGGAAAAGGCUUUGAGGAAGAAAAAAGCCAAACAACCAACUGGGGUGCAAUUAAGAGAAAUUCAGCUUUGCGGAAAUGGUGCUGAUGUUAGGGCACCUUCCCAAUUACCAUUUCAGGUUCCAGGAAUGCAAUUUAGGGGAAAACCUGUAAUAAUUAAAAAGUAUUUACAACAAUAAAGAGACAAGAAAGCUGCACAGUUGAUAAAUACUCCUAAGAUCUAUGAAUACUCCUAAGAUCUAGAUUGAGUAGUUUAGAGUUGAAGUACUAUGUAAUCUUAUUUUGCAUACUGGAUCAAAACUCCUCUUGGCCAUUGUUUUUGCUAUGCUUUUUUUUAUUAGGGUCCAGUUGUUAUGCC